CCGGACCGAGCACUGCGUGUCUGUGCGUGAGUCUCGGAGCCUGACAGGUGUUUCGUGAGCGAGACCACAACCACAGCUGGUCUGACACACCGAGAGGCGUCUUUGGUGUUUCCUGCUGCCUAACGCCGCUAGUCAGACAGCACGUAACCUCCUGGAGUUUCAGCACCUUCGUCUGGCUUCAUCAUCAGCGAAUCAUGUUUCAUCGAAGGCUUCACGUCCCAGGCAUCGUAGUGGCAGCUAUCCUGAUACGUAGUGUUGAGGUCCAUGGCACUUCCAAUAUGACUGACAGUCCCUGUGAGGUCUCCACAGCGGUGACAUCUUGCCAUAAUGCCUCUCAGGCACCUCCGUGCCUCCCCUCCAAGACCGCCCUCUUCCUGAUACUGGAACUUCCAACCAUCACUCAACUGACCGCUCCCUUGCUGGCCAAUGUGCCAAGCGUGCACAGCCUCCACAUUAAAUCUUCCUCCAUGACGACCGUCAGAUCACCCGCCUUCUCCAACAACCCAUUAGUGGAAGAACUCAAAAUGGAGGUACCGAAUUUGACCAUCUUGGAGCCUGGCGUCUUCCAGUCUCUGCCCAAACUCAAGCACCUACGGUUGGACUGUGCAAUCCGGAGGUUGGAUGAGGAUCAGUUUGUCCUAUGCCCAGACUUGAGACACGUGAGCAUUCACGCCAGGAUCCAGCAGAUACUGCCUGGAACGUUCAGACACAAUAAGGCACUCAGCUUCCUGAGGCUCGUCAGCAACCACCUAACACAGUUGCCCGAUGGUCUGCUAGCCGGAAACCCACAAGUUGAUUACGUGGACCUCACUCACAAUGGCAUACACACCAUCUCUGCUGGAGCGUUCAAGAACGCUUCGAGCCUGCAACAGCUAUUUCUGUCUCGAAAUCAUCUGAAAACCCUAGAGGAGGGGACACUGGACGAUGCAGAGCUGCUCAUCGUUUUCCACGCUUCAGAGAACGAAAUCACAUACCUGCCCCCAUCAAUCUUCGCAAAAACUGUGUCGCUGAUAGAAAUCCAUUUAGAUUCGAACAGCCUGAUGUCUCUUCCAAAGGACAUAUUUGCAGCUACCGCCAGUCUCAAGGUAUUGAGCCUGCGCUCCAACAGACUGGAGUCCCUGGAGGCAGAGUUGUUCCGGCACACCCGCCAGCUGACUACGCUGGAGCUCAGUGGUAACGCCCUCAGCACCCUCCCUGCAGACGUGUUCGCCGGUCUGCAGAGCCUGCGCUACCUCUACCUGUCCGACAACCGGCUGGCCUCACUGCCUGCCGAUGUCUUCAGGCCGAACACUGCCCUGCUGCAGCUGGUGAUGUCAGGGAACCUCCUCCAGGAGCUGCCAGAGGUAGUGCUGGGCGGCUGCCCCCAGCUGGCAUUCUUCUUCGUCGACCACAACCGUCUCAAGAGCCUGCCCGGGCGACUCUUCGCCAACAAAACAGAGCUCCGGACUGUCUCGCUCGAAAACAACAGUCUUAGGCGCCUCCCAGUUGAGCUGUUUUCCGGCACACCAUCACUGAACCGUCUGCUGUUGGGACGAAACCCGUGGAACUGCAGCAGCUGUGACGUCACCAUGAUGUCUGCCUGGGUAGCAUCACGAAACGUCGACAUCGGUGAUGUCGUGCCACGCUGCUCAGGGCCCGGGCCACAAGCUGGCAGGGACAUACACCAGGUGGUUCCUGCUCACUGCCUCGAGGACCGUGUCCUAUAGGGUGUAGGGGAAGAUGUCUCGCAAGAGGAAGCUACACUGUCCAGUCAAGUCAAUAUGACCACGGGAUAACAUCCAAGGUAGUGACCACCAGCAGGUCGCAUGUCAUCUAGACAAGGAGGAAGCUACACUUUUUACAAGUAUAUAGUAUAUAUUACGAAAUGCUGUUGGCAAACUUCCCACACCUACUGAAUACUGCAUGCAGAGGAUUUGCUCACCAAACACAAUUUCUUCAGGUUUCCCUAGGUGUAUUUUUGUGACAAGGUAUAGAAAAUUUGGAUAGCAGAGAAAUUACUACAGAGUUUCAGUCUUGAUCUUUCAUCUAUAUAAGUAUGUCAGUGUGCCAAUAGCAGAAUAUAAUUGCAAGAAUUUUGUGUUGGCAUGUCAUAAAUUGGGUGUGCACAUAAAGGUUUUCAUGGCAUGCCAGUGCAAUAAGACGAUUUGAUAUAUCCCACUACGUUGGUCUGCAAUCAGUCAGUGACGGUUUGCAAAUAACAUAGUCUCCUUACAUCUGUUGGUGAAGUGCCAAUGUCUUUUCCAGUAAAUGGAAUGAGGUAAUACUUCCUCCAAACUCACUGUGAGUUCAUGCAGCGAGAAACCUAAGAUUGUACUGUAGUAAAUUAUGUCUGUUGCCAUUAUCAGCAAAUAUAUUACUUUUAGUAAUGUCAUUUUGAUUU